UGAUGCAAAAAUCAGGAGUUUGGAGGUAGUACCUGAGUACACUGCAAGUGGUUCCUUUUUCAAUAGAAUAAUAAAAAAUGAAAUAAAUAAAAAAUAAAGAUUUUUGUAUCUUUAUUAGUAAUCCACUCAUCCAUUUUCUAACCACUGUAUUGGAUAGUCUUGGGAAGCAAUGGGCACAAGACAGGAUACAUCCUGGAUGGGACGCAAGCCCAUCUCCGGGCAUACACGGACACAAAUCUUAUCUAACAUUAGGGCCAAUUUUCCCAGAUGCCAAUUAGUCUACCAGUAUGUCUUUGGACAUUGGGAGGAAACUGGAGUACUCAGUGCAAACCCAUGUGAACACAGGAGAGCAUACAAAUUCCAUGCAAAAUUGAACCUAGGCCCCCAACACUGAAAGACAGCAUUGCUAACCACUGCACCAUUGUGUAUCUUUUAUUGACAGUCCUGUUUUAAUAUCUUUUACUGAUUCUCUAGCAAGGUGCAAGUGAACUCUAUUCUGUAAACCAGUCCUAUGAUUAACGCCUAUAACAUUUCUUGGGAUAUUUUCCCCAGACCAGUAAAUAUUCAGUUUUAUGAUGGUCUUUUUAAAAUGUUUCAGAUUGCAAAAUAUUUUGCUAAAUUAUAUCUUUAGAAGAGGAAAUGCACCUUAAAUAUUUUUAAUUCUUCUGUGAACACCAUUAGUAGCUUUCAUCCUUGAAACCCUUAAUAAAUAGGGAAAAUGGCCUAGAAUUACAUUCGUAUUCUUGAUGUGGCUAACAUAAACCCACAUAUAAAGUAUUAAUAUGUAAACCUGCAAGUAUUUAGUGCCAUUUCCCUGUGCUUUAUUCCUGAAAAUUGAACAGUUCUGAUAACCCUGUUGUGAAUUGUGGUGUAUUCUGGAUUGAACCCUGAAUCCAACUGCAUGAUUUUUUUUUGGUUUUAAAAAUAUAUUUAGGUUUUUUUUUUCUAAAUUGUAACAAAUAUUAUGCAAUUAAUAGUAAAGUAGCAACAGGACAUUACCUUUACACGGGACUUUGUGUGCUGUAGAUUAUAACACAAAGCUGUACAAUAUUUUGUUUUUUACAUUUUGGUUUUUAAUGCAUGUUCCCCUAAUUAUUUUUAAUCAAUAAAGAAGAAAGAACUUAUCAGUUUCCUUUCACUGCUGUGUCUCAUUCAGAGCCUGUUUGCUGAUAACAUCAAUGAUUUUCAACGCAAUUAUUUGGAGAACAUGAGAUCUAAAAAGCAAUUUUGGUGUGAAAUUAAAAAAAAAAACAAUGAGAUGGGCAUGUUACUCUUUGGCUUCAAGGAUUAAAGGGAAUCCAGUGGAGUCAAUUUCCCUCACACGUGAGACAUAUGUAGAGUUUCCUGUUCAUAGUGAAUGAGGUUUGUACUACAGAUACAGUAUAAGGCCAACAGACCUUUUCAUACUUUAAUUUAUUCAAGACGUUUAUCCAGAUCCUCAAAGUGUUUGUGUGAAAGUGACAGUAUAUGCACCCCCAGCUGACUGAAAUCUACAAAGACCCGUGUGCAAUAUUUUGUCAUGGAAAUUUUGGUGCGUGUUUAAGAGCAUCUGAAGCUAAUUUCAGAUAAGAUACGUUUUCAAGUGUUUGCCGGUUUAAAUCUUGGAUACGUCUUUAAAUAGACUGACACCAAGAAGAGGUACACAGUUGCCUGUGUGCUGGCGCAGAUGAGAUUGCCAAGUUAUCCUCAGCUUCACAUGCAACAGUUAUGCCUACGGCUAGCAGAGGGGUCAGUGACAGCUCUGCUGUGCUCACAGUAGGAGUCCUAGUGGAACUAAUGGCUCAUGCUUCUGGGACGUGUGCUGUACAAGUCUUCUCCUCUUGCUGGUGUGAGCAUAAUAAAAGGUGAUAAAGCUGAGCCUGAAUAUUCCAGUUCGGUGGCCAUUAUAAAAACAACAUUUCCAAUUGGGGGGGGGACCCUGGAAACUUUAAAUUAUUUUUUAAUGAUUUUGCCCAGAAUAAAGUAUAAUUGAAGUUUUUGGUUUCCAAUUCAUUAGAGGCAAUGUAUUCAAAAUGUGUUGUGCAGUACACACAGUAGAAAGAAUAAUUGGCACUUAAAGUAUCAUUUGAUAAUAUGAAAAGUGUAGUUACUUUUCAUAUUGGACUACUACUACUAUCACUGCAUAAAAAUGUAGUGAUGUUUUCAACAACAUCAUGUAUAACACUUAUUUAUGGCUUAAUCAGUUUCCUAUUAUUUAUUUCCUCAUCUUUAUUUACUGUAGAGUACUGCACAGGAUGUGCAUUUUAAUGAGUGUGUCAACUAGCAGUAGUGUAUGCUAAGUUACCUUUAAAUUCUUCCUAAAAUGUAUGUCUGAGUUCUUCAAUGCAUAAAGAAAAUACUGCAUUGUAAAUCCUGUCUUGUACUGAAGCAUGUGUUGCAUCAUUGGGUUGAUAUUGCAGCUUUUUCUAAUGAUAUCUGAUGAUCCAUUGCCAAUAAAUUAAGUAGCAAUGUUGCCAGCUGCUAUAGGCCUUGUGCCAUAGAUCUUUGAAAGUAAUCUAUUUUUGUUUUUUGUCUUGUUGGUAGUCCAAAAAAAAUUAACAUUUAAUGUAAACUAAUUUGUUAACUAAUAUCUUUUCUAAAAAGUUUUAGAAUGUAUAACAGUAUCAAUAGUUUUUGUAUCUCAUUACCUUCCAAAACUACAAACUUGGUGUCACCUCUUUAAUUCUACAUCUGGGUAUGAUCACUAUCCUGAUUUGACUGGAGUCUGAAGGUCAUGUGUCCUGUGCGAUUGUGAACAUCAAAGUCCUGAAAGUUGUGAAAUCAUGCUGAACUGCACAGAAAAGCAGGAGUAAAUGAGUAAAAAAUUGACCCCUGUUUUUAAUGUAAAAACUUAAUAUCAUUGCCUAAUAAUCAAAAUAUAUUAGUAAGAUUAAACUGGAUACAUGAAAUACAUCCUUCUUUUGAAUUUUUUAAAAUGCUUUUGAGUAACUACAGUAUAAGUCUUAAGUGUGUAGUGCAGUUGUCAGGUUAUCUGGGUAAGGUUCACAGAUAAAACUCAGAUUUGCAGGGUUGAUUUGCAGGGCUGACAAGUGGCACAGUUUAAACAUUAAUCUGACAUUACAUAUUAAUUUGUGCUUAGUUGGAAGAGUGGGAUCCCUGCCUUUGAAAUACACUGCACAAUGUAUGCGCUACAGGUCUUCUAAUCAUCCAGCAUGAGCUAUUUUGGCCAGAUUAUUGGAGCUGUUGGGGAAUUUGGUACAUUUCAGAAACGACUGCUUUUGGCAAUAUGUCUUCCAAACUUUUUUGUUGCCUUUCAUAUGUUUGGACAAGUGUUUACUGGUUUAAAAAUUCAACACCAUUGUAAUACAGACUGGAUCCUGAAACUCGACCGAAAUUUGACCCAAGAAGAGCAGUGGAAUCUAACCAUUCCCAGAGACAAACAUGGCAACUAUGAGUCCUGUAAAAUGUACACACCUGUGAACUGGGACAUUGCGUUCAUUAAGGCCAAUGGAAUUAACAGCACCACUCAGUGUACCAAUGGAUGGGUAUAUAAUUCUUCUGGAGAUACAUCCACCCUAGUAUCUGAGUUUAAUCUGGUUUGUGACAACAGUGGGCUGAAUGAAAUCUCUCAGUCUGUGUAUAUGGCUGGGCUCCUGAUAGGAGCACUGGUGUUUGGGCCUCUUGCAGACAGGUUUGGUCGUCGGUCAAUUAUUUUGGUCUCCUUACUCCUGCAACUUGGCUUUGGUGUUGGAACCGCCUUUUCACCCAGUAUUUACGUCUAUAUUGUGCUCAGAUUUGUGAUCGGAAUGACAAUAUCAGGGAUAAUAAUAAACACAUUUGUUUUAGGUACGGAAUGGUCUGGAAUAUCCAAACGCUCUUUCAUUACCAUCCUUUCCCAUGGAUUUUUCUCAGUGGGGCUGAUGCUUUUGGCUGGCAUUGCAUAUGGUGUUAGAAACUGGAGGACUCUUCAGCUAGUGCUGUCUGCUCCUGCUGCAGUUCUCUGUGUCUACUUCUGGAUACUCCCAGAGUCUGCCAGAUGGCUUCUGACGCAAGGCAAAAAAGAAGAAGCCAAGAAACUAAUCUUAGAGGCUGCCAGAAUAAAUAAGAGGAAGAUCCCAGAAGCUCUGCUUGAUAAGAUGGAAGCUGAAACUACAGGCAAAACUGGCAGUAUGCUGGACCUUUAUAGAAUUCCCUACCUAAGGAAAAUCACAGUUGUGUUGAGCUAUGUCUGGUUCGUAAACAGCUUGGCAUACUAUGGACUGGGCUUGAAUGUUGGAAAUUUUGGCCUUGAUAUUUAUUUAACACAAACUCUGUUUGGCCUUGUGGAACUGCCUGCACGUCUGGGAGCUAUCCCAAUGAUCGAGAAGUUUGGAAGGAAGAAAUGUCAAAGCUGUAUUUUAGUGUUUGGUGGAAUUGCUUGUCUAUUUAUUCUAGCUGUUCCUGAAGGCAUGCCUGUUGCAGUUACUGUAUUAGCUGUGCUGGGGAAGUUUGGCAUCGCUUCCUCUUUCUCUAUUAGCUAUGUUUACACUGCUGAAUUAUUUCCAACUGUUUUGAGACAGAACGGUGUUGGCUUGACAUCUAUGUCUGCCCGUGCGGCUGGCAUUGUUGCUCCUUUGGUUCGGCUCCUGGAGGUCUAUCACAAAGCCAUUCCUCUGGUAAUAUAUGGAGUUGGACCAUUAGUUGGAGGGGUGCUCUGCAUCCUGUUGCCUGAAACCUUGAAUACAGAGCUCCCAGAUCACACACAUCAAUUAAAAACGAAGUCGAUUGAAUGUGAUGGUGUUGAAACUGGAAAGCACCAGAUGGAAGAAAUUAAAACAAAAGUAAAAAGCACUAAGUUAUAGCUGUUUAAAGAUCGCUGUUGUUUGCUUCAGUAUUUACUGCCAUACUGUCCUGGCUGUUCUAGAAGAAGACUGCUCCAUCUCAAACUUUGCCACAGUUAAACUUGGAGAAUACUCACUGUCUAACCGCAUGUUCUAGGUGUGUCCUGUGACCAAUGUGCUUUCAAAUGAAUCUAAUAAGACUCUGCUGUUGAGCUUGCUCUGCUGCUUCUUCAACAAUGAUCAGUCUUCAUACUUCAAAAUAAUAAUAAUAAUAAUAAUAAUAAUAAUACACUUUUAGUUAGAAAAAUGUGCUUACAGAUUCAGGAAUUAUAUUUUGUGAAUUUAAGUGGAGUUUUUCCCAUUGUGCUCCCUUUGUUGUGUGCUUUUUGAUUGUUUCUAA